GUAAAAAUAAAAAUAAACAACUUUUUGUUUAAUAGGUACCAGUUCAGAUUCUCAUUCUUCCUUACCCAUUGCCCAACUUCAACUUUAUCUUGUUUUUCAUAGCGCCAUGGAGUUGCGACCGAAAUAGAUGUGUAAUUCGUUACUGGAUUUAACGAAACAUUUCGGUUUACACAGUUUGCCGGUACGAGACGUGCAAUUUACAUACAACUAUGAAUCGUAUUUGUAUUUAACACGUUCACACACACACUCGCACAUACGCAAACAAACUUUCCCCGGCAUACCCGUUUGUCAGUGCAGCCAAUGAAAUGCGUUUCAAUAAACAGGAGAUGAUCACAUUGGCACAACAGCCGUCCAAUAAAUUUGACAAAGAAGGGUUGUUAUACGUGCGAGAACGACAGGAAGGGUUUUUCAGAAGAACCGAGAAAAGAGACUCAAAACGAAGCAAAAAACGGGAACGUCUAAGCGAUUUGAACUGUUAUGGAGGAUCACAAAAAGCUAAUUUUGAACGCUGGUGUCGUUUGAGAGGAAAUUUGCUAUUUUACCUUAAGUCUCAUGAUCAGUUAUCAGACUUACUUGGUGUUAUAGUUUUACAAAAUUAUUCUGUACAAUUAGAUGAAUCACCAUCAGAAGGACCAUUUAGUUUUCAAAUAGUUUUUGAAAAUGGUAUUUGUCAACAAAUUGCUGCACACACAGAAUCAGAAAGAGAUUCGUGGUUAGAAGCAAUAGAACAAGCAAGUUACGAAAUCAUGCGUGCAAGACUAUUAGAUCUAAGAAGACAGUUAGAAGUAAAACGGAAGCCAGAUUUAGACAUAAAUAUGUGGAGAUUACGUAAAAAUCAACCAAAAUUAGAUCUAACAAAGGUGCCCUUAUGUGAAAUUUGUUUUUCAUGUGAUAAUUUGAUAUGUGACGGGCAUGGUCGUUCUCCAAAUCCAGCAAUUGUUGUUUCAGUUUAUAUACCGAAUGAAAAUGUUUGGAUUAAUUAUGCCAACACAGAAGUUAUCACAGAUAAUAGUAAUCCAUCAUUUUUGAGAACCAUAUGGUUACAGUGCAGUGAUGGAUUAACUGAGGAUUGUAUUCUUCGUAUAUCUGUUUAUGAUGUCAGAGAAUGUAUUUCAGGAACUGCUGUAAAAAUGGGACAUUGUGAAACGACACUAAGCUCAUUGUUGGAAGCUACUCAUUCUGGAAACAAUGGGCAACGUGUUCGUUUACCUCUGUCUUCACCAAGUAUUCGGUCUGAUUUAGAUAAAAUAGUUGGUUUUGUGACUAUGACCAUUUGUCGACCAGACAAACAGAUUGGACAUAACAUGAGUACAGAAUCUACACCGUGUAAAUCAUUGAUGUAUAAUAAUCAUAAUUUUCCAAUGGCAAAUCAUCGAAGAACUCAAUCAUUACCUCCAAGACUUGGAUCUAGAUUACGCGUUCCAUUACAGAACUAUCUGUAUUUAUUAUUUGGCAAUGUAUCAUUUGUGACAUAUCGUUUUCAUUCCGGUCUGAGGGGAGAUAUUUCUGUGUAUGAAAUAAUGGCUGAAAGCAAGUUGUGUUUUUAUUUACCACAGCAGUUAUUAAAUAUAUGGAUUCUUGAAGAGAAAGAACUUUUACAAGAAGUGUCAGGAAUGGGUGAAUUAUCAGAGCCAUGGCACUCUAAACAAGUAGAAUUACUUGACAGACACUUACAGCUAUUGCAUUUAUAUUCUCAAGCCAAACAAAAUCUUGAAAACCAAAAAGGAAUUUAUUUUAAACCAAGUUCUCGUAAAAAUGAUCGUUCCUUGGAGUUUGCUCCAAUCAACUUACAUUUGCAACGUAUUUGGGUUCAAAAUGAUACAUUAAAAAAGAGUGGAUUUUAUGAUACAAUUACUGUUGGAGCAUUUACUGCACAUUCACAUAAAUCUAAAACUGGUGGAUUAAUUAAAUUAUUACAACAGCUUAAAGAAGCACCAUUAAAAACAAAUGGUCAUGCUAUGGUCAGUAGUAAAAUAACAAUGGCUUUUGAUGCUAUUCAAGCUAUUAAACUACUCAGGCGAGAAGUAGUAGAUGCAAUGAAAACAUUAUUAAAUUUAGCAAAAGAUAAGCAAACUGCAGGAAUGAUGCCAAUUUGCAAUGAUAUGAUGUCCAAAACACGAAUUUUGCUUAGUCUUUGGGAUCCAAAGCUUGUUGAAGAAGCUUUGAAUUUUAUUGAGGAACAUAAAGUGACUCCUGUCUCAUACGAUGACCAUGAUUCUAUUAAGCAUUCUUCAAAUUAUCAUGUAUCUCCAUUUAAGCGCAUUGCAAGCCAAAUAAAUUUUGACCUACAAUCUCCAGAUACAGAAGAUUUAUACACUCCAGAAAGUCCAAAAAGUUUGAGAAAUUUGAUGAAAUUUGAUGCAAAAAAUAUUCAAGAUGAACAUGGCAUUGGAAUUAAUGAUGAUCAACAACAAUUUAUUGUGUUUCCAGAAUCUAAGGGUGAAAUGGAUAAUAACCACGAUGAUAUGCAAAAUAAUAUUGGUGUAAAAGACAGUUCAUUACAUAUUGAAAAUGGCAAUGGCAUGAGAACAGGUCAAUUUUUAGACACUUACUCAAUGUGUAAUUCACCUUCGGCAAAUUAUUAUAAGCCAACUGAAGAACCUGAACCUUGGGAACUAACUCAGUUGAAUAUUGAAGCUAGUAUUAUGUGUCUAGUAAGUAAAGUCAAAUUUUUGUGUGGCCGUUGCAACAGUCCAGCAGUGAGAUUGAGGUCUCAAAGGUGUCGUAGCUUUCGUUCAAAUACAACACCAUUAAAUCAAGUGACAAAUGGCUAUCAACCUGUGAGUUUAGAUUCUAGGAUCACCCAACUUAAUGAUUCUAAAUCAAAUAAUGAAGUAUCAACAAAUAUUAAUAGUGCACCUGCCAGAAACAAGUUUACAGAAGGACUAGAUUUCAAUCUUAUGACUGAUUGGCCUACUGAAUUAAAGCCAAGCAUGCGUAAACUUCGUCAAGCUAUGGAUGGACUUUUGAAAACUGCAAGACUUACUCAUAGUGUUUUCAGGGUACAAGAAGAUAAACGAUCUGCUGAACGAUCAUGUAAUGUUCGUUAUCGAAGACAUGUUUGUUUUUCACAAGCGUUGACUGCUCUUGUCAGUGGAUUGAUGGCAAGGCUGUGGUGCCAAAAACCUGAACCUGAAUUCUUAUAUGUACUGUCCUCAAUUGGUUGUUUAGCCUCAUUUGAAUGUCUAUUAAGUUACUAUGGCAACGAGAUUGACAUGUGGGGCGACAUGGCUAUUGCUAUUGAAGAUCUAGCCACUGUAAACUUUACUUUAUUGCCAUUAUCACAAGCUGUUAGAGAAAAUCCUAAAGAUGAAAUUAUGCCACGCAUCGUAGGUUCUAAGAAUUCUUUAUGUGUUUUAUUACCUGUUCCUGAUUUAAUUCAAUCAUUGUUGCCUUCUAAAACCAUUGCUCCAUUUCGAGUUACACCUGUUUUUUUCAAUAUAGGCAUUAAUGAAAUGGCUACUAUUGCAGAAAACCUAGGAAAUACAAAACCACAAGACAGUAGCAAUAUUGAUAAUUUUGAAAGAUUAAAUGAAUUCUGUUCAAGAUAUCGUAAGCUUAACUUGUCCAAUAAUGGUGAUUGUGAACGGGAAGGGACUUCCAUUGGAGGACUUAUGAACAGCUUAAAAGAUUCAUUACAUAGUAAUAAGAGUAAAAAUGUGGAAGUAUUGCAAAUGGCAGCUAAAAUUUGUCGUUGCUUAAAGGGUUUACGAUUUACUAGUUGUAAAAGUGCUAAAGAUCGAACGGGUAUGUCUGUUACAUUAGAACAGUGUUCUAUUCUAAAUUUAGAGUAUGGACUAGCUGAUAGUGAGAUUCAAAGAGCAUUGGAUUGUAUGAGAAGUGAGGGAUGUAGAAGGGAAAACGCAUACAAAAAUACUGGGGUCAGAAAAUAUGCUUUUAACAGAUUACAGCACUUCACCUUACCACAAAUGUACAGACCUCCAGCUGGUACUUAUGGAUCAAGCCAAACUUAA